GAAGGCAGCGCAGACAUUAGCGCAGUUGCACUGCUCUCACACACUCACCUACCAACACAGAUCAGUCAGACAGAAUCACACACACACCUCUCAUUCCAACUCAAUCUAAUGCUGGGAUCCUUCUGACAAUUCACAUGUUAUCGGGUUCAUCCGAGCUCAGACAUCCAGUAGGACCUCCUCUGGUGUCUUUCCCUGUGUCCCCUCUGGGGUUCAGUCUGUGCCUCUGCUGGAGCUGGACCAAAACGCACAUCUCUGAUACUCAUCCUAUGGACAAAGGGUUGAGCAAUAAGAGUUAGGUGGAGAUAGAGAAAGACAGACAGAGAGAUAGAGAGGCAGUGGGUUGGGGGAUUGAAAAGCCUGAGCUGGUUGCUGAAGCAAGGCAAGGAACCGUUGUCAACGGCGACGCAGGAACAGCAUGUCUCAGAUGAAACGAUACACUUACAGCAGGACCACCAGCAGCGGCAGCAGCAGGAUGAGUUCAGAUGGAGGUGGGCGGCCUGUUAAGGUGGGCUCUCUGGUUGAGGUCAUUGGUAAAGGUCAUCGAGGCACUGUGGCAUAUAUUGGAAACACCCUCUUUGCUUCUGGAAAAUGGGUGGGCGUCAUUCUAGAGGAACCUAAAGGCAAGAACGAUGGCACUGUGCAGGGUAAACGAUAUUUCACCUGUCAGGAGAACCGUGGGAUAUUUGUACGCCAAUCACAGAUUCAGUUAGUAGAAGAUGGGACAUCUCCUGACACACCUGAAGCUACCACCUCCAAAAUGCUGAAGCGGGAGAUGAUUGAAGGUCCAAAGUCAAACAAAGUGCGAGGAACCAAACCCAAAAAGGCACCUACGACUCGUAAGACCACCACCAGAAGGCCCAAGCAAACGCGGGCUGGAGUGGGGGUGAAGGUGGGCUCAGGAUCAGCUUCUGCUGGAGAGAUGAGCAGCAGUGAACCCAGCACUCCUGCCCAAACACCACUGGCUGCUCCAGUUAUACCUUCACCUGUGGGAACACUGCCUUCACCCGGGGCUCCUCCCAUCCCGGGACCCAGCAAGGAAGAGGAGUCACUGCGUGCCCAGGUGAAGGAUCUGGAGGAGAAGCUGGAGACGCUGAAGAUGAAGAGGACAGAGGACAAGGCAAAGCUGAAGGAGCUUGAGAAGCACAAGAUUCAGCUGGAGCAGCUGCAGGAGUGGAAGAGUAAGAUGCAGGAACAACAAAAUGAACUGCAGAAACAACUCAAGGAGGCCAAGAGGGAAGCUAAGGAAGCUCUUGAAGCUAAAGACCACUACAUGGAAGAAAUGGCAGAUACAGCAGAUGCCAUUGAGAUGGCCACGCUGGAUAAGGAAAUGGCUGAAGAACGGGCCGAGUCACUGCAACUGGAGGCUGACGCUCUAAAAGAGAGAGUGGAGGAGCUGACCAUGGACUUGGAGAUACUCAAACAUGAGAUAGAGGAAAAAGGAUCAGAUGGAGCAGCGUCUAGUUACCAUGUGAAGCAGUUAGAGGAGCAGAAUGCUCGACUGAAGGAGGCUUUGGUGAGGAUGCGUGACUUGUCUGCAUCAGAGAAACAAGAGCAUGCAAAGCAACAGAAACUAAUGGAAGAGAAGAAUUUUGAGCUGGAUGCCCUGAGAUGCCAGAAAGAGAAACUACAAGAGGAAAUGAAGAUGUCUGAGAAAAUGAUUGAUGAGCUCAAAGAACAAGUGGAUGUUGCUCUCGGGGCGGAGGAGAUGGUGGAGAUGUUGACGGAUCGUAAUCUAGACCUGGAGGAGAAAGUACGGGAGCUCCGAGAAACUGUCACAGAUCUGGAAGCCAUCAAUGAGAUGAAUGAUGAGCUGCAGGAGAACGCCAGAGAGACGGAGCUGGAGUUGAGAGAGCAGUUGGAUCUGAGUGCUGCCGGCGUCAGGGAGGUGGAGAAGCGGGUGGAGGCGGCACAAGAAACAGUGGCAGACUACCAGCAGACCAUCCAGAAAUACAGAGAGCUCACCGCACACCUGCAGGAGGUGAACAGGGAGCUGAUGAGCCAACAGGAAGCCAGCACCGAGCAGCAGCAACAGUCUGCAGAGAUCUUCGAUUUCAAGAUCAAAUUUGUGGAAACCAAAGCUUACGCCAAGGCCAUAGAAAUGGAGCUGCGUAAAAUGGAGGUAGCUCAGGCUAACAGACAGGUGUCACUGCUGAUUUCCUUCAUGCCUGACUCCUUCCUGAAACACGGAGGAGACCAUGACUGUAUCCUGGCUCUACUGCUCAUCCCACGACUCGUCUGCAAGGCCGAGCUGAUCAGUAAACAGGCUCAGGAGAAGUUUGAGUUGACUGAGACGUGCUCUCAGAAGGCCGGCAUGAGAGGAGCCGUCGGAGAGCAGCUGAGCUUUGCUGCUGGACUCAUCUAUUCUCUCACACUGCUACAGGCAACACUGCACAAAUAUGAACAUGCUCUGAGUCAGUGCAGUGUGGACGUGUACAAGCGUGUGGGUUCUCUGUACUCUGAGAUGAGCGUUCAUGAGCGAUCCCUGGAUUUCCUCAUAGACCUCUUGUACAAAGACCUGCUGGAUGAAAUGGUCAAUGUGCAACCUCUUACCAAAGCUAUUAAAUACUAUCAGCACCUUUACAGCAUCCAUCUCGCUGAACAGCCUGAGGACUGUACCAUGCAGCUAGCAGACCACAUCAAAUUUACCCAGAGUGCCCUGGACUGUAUGGCAGUGGAGGUGGGGCGUCUGAGGGCCUUCAUACAGACAGGGCAGGACGAGGAAGCAUUUUGUGUGCUGCUGAAGGAUCUGGACACUUCCUGUAGUGACAUAAGACAGUUCUGCAAGAAGAUCCGUCGUCGCAUGCCAGGCACAGAUGCACCGGGCAUCCCAGCUGCCCUCAGCUUUGGGACACAGGUGUGUGAGACCCUGGCAGAGAGCAGAAGGCAGCUGGCCUGGGUGAAUGCAGUGCUGCAGGAAGUGGCAGCGGCAGCCGCUCAGCUCAUCGCCCCUCUCAGCGAACAUGAGGGUCUGCCAGCCGUCAAACUGGAAGACAUGGCCUUUAAAGCAGCUGAACAGAUCUAUGGGUCACAGGGUAUAAACCCUCAAGAGUGUCUGCGUCAGUCAUGCGGUGUUGUAAUAGCAACCAUGAACAAGAUGGCUACCGCUAUGCAGGAGGGAGAAUAUGACUCUGAAAGACCACAGAAUGGAAUAUCUCCUGUGGAAGUCCGAGCUGCAGCACUAAGGGCAGAAAUCACUGAUGCUGAAGGGCUUGGCCUCAAACUUGAAGACAGAGAAACUGUCAUCAAAGAGCUGAAGAAAUCCCUUAAAAUAAAGGGAGAGGAACUGAGUGAGGCCAGUGUGCGUCUCAGUUUCCUGGAGAAAAAGCUGGACAGCGCGUCUAAAGAUGCGGAUGAGCGAGUGGAGAAGAUCCAGAUGGUCCUAGAUGAGACAGUUUCGCUCCUGAAAAAGAAGGAAAAGGAGUUUGAGGAGACCAUGGAUGCUCUCCAGGCUGACAUAGACCAACUAGAGGCGGAGAAAGUAGAGCUUAAACAGAGAAUCAUCAGCCAAUCAAAGAUGACCGUGGAGGGCCUGAGAGGAAGUCAAGCGUCUGGCAUUGCCUCCAUUGUGACUUGUGGCAUCACUGCUGAAGAGCAAAAAGGUGUGUGUGCGGCUGCUGGAGUGCAAGUGAUAGAUUCUCCACUGCUGACUCAGCAGAUUGAAGCUCAGCGACUCAGUUUAAAGCACCUGAAGAACGAGAACAACAGACUAAAGGCAGAAAAGAUGCGUGCUCAGCUGGCAUCUCUUCCUCCUCUGAAUGUGCCAAAGCUGGGCUGGCGAGAGGGCCGCAGGCCUGAGGUGCUGUCUAGCGCCCUCUACCGCAAAACAGACCAACUGCUGGAUACACUCCUCCAGAUGAGUGCCAAUGUGAAAGUGGUGGACAUCACUGGGAAAUCUCCAGUGAGUCCCAGUGCGCAGCUCCUAGAGCAAACAGCAAGACUGCAGUCACUCAGUGACACUCUCGACAGGCUUAAGGAUGAAGUUGCUGAGCAUGUAGUGACUCACAGGCCUGGUGCUCAAGUCUCGUCUGAUUUCGCCACUUUUCCCUGCGAUUCUUUUGUUAAGGUAAGAAAAAUACACAGCAUGACAUUUUCUCACAUUCAUAUGGAUACCACCACAGUAUUGGACGGUAAUAACACGGCUCCUCAGAACAAUGGCACCAUAAAUAUAGACCAAAUCCAAGAGAUCAUCAGAUGGAUCACAUUUGCUGUUGGGCUUCCUGGCAUCGGCUUUUCUAUCUACCUCAUGGGCAUGCAGGCAGAAACUGGCAAGGCUGCUCCUGUCUACCUCAUCAGCCUGCUCGCAUCCGACAUCUUCAACAUCCUUGGGCGGCCGAAGGCAUCUGGGGAGGAUGCUGAGAAAACCAGUAUGUCGAGUAUGGAUAUAUCCUCCCUGAUAUUCUACUUCGGGAUCAUAUCCAACAUCGUGUUCAUGGUCUGUGUUGCUCAGGAGCGAUAUCUGUUGCUCUUCUUCUCCCGCUACCAUUCCUGGUGUUUUUCUUUCUGGACUCUUUUAGAGCCUUAUGGUGUACAGGACAGCCAGCAGCUGUGA